CUGAGGGCGGUCAGUGCGAGCGCUGGGAGUCGCGGGGUCGCUGGCGGCGCCGCCGGAGGAGAGGCUGCUGCCGGGGCAUGCGGGGAGAUGAGGCUCAAGCCCGGUAGCAUCGUGACAUUUCUGUGCCUCAGCGCCGCCUUCUCCUUUGUCUGCUUCACCGCCUGGAGCAGGAGCGGAGGAAGUGGCUUAGACAUAUACCAAAGCCAGUUUUUGGAACUUCAUCAAAGAUUGUUAUAUGCCGAAAAAGAAAAUAAAAAAAGAUCCCAUGAGUUGAGCAUUGUCCUGGAUGCAAUUAAGCGGGUAGUAGCAGAGAGACUGAACUCUACAGCAAAUCAUACAGAUGCUAUGAAGUGGAAAGUGUUAAAUCUCACUAGCAAACUCCCUUUGCAUCUUACAAACAUACACUACUACCUACCUCAUCUCCGGGAUCGUGAAAACAGCCUUUACCCAAAUGUUGUCAUUGGACAAGGAAGAACUGGAGUCUCCCUUGUGAUGGGUAUUCCUACUGUGAAAAGGGGAAAACAAAGUUAUCUGCUGGGCACGUUGAACUCUCUCUUCUAUGAGAUGACUGCAGAGCAGAAGAAUGAUUGUGUAGUGGUUAUCUUUGUAGCAGAGGUGAAUGCAGAGUAUGUUAACAGUAUUGCAGAAAGUGUUAAAAUCAGCUUCCCUAAUGAAGUGCAGUCGGGCGUUAUUGAGGUUAUUUCCCCUCUUGCUUCCUAUUACCCAGACCUCUCCAAUCUCAAGGAAACAUUUGGUGACUCAAAGGAAAGAGUAAGGUGGAGAACUAAACAGAAUUUGGAUUAUAGCUUUUUAAUGCUAUAUGCACAACCUAAGGGAACAUUUUAUUUACAGCUGGAAGAUGAUAUUGUGGCAAAACCUCAGUACUUUGAGAAAAUAAAAAACUUUGCUCUUGAACAGCCCUCUGAUGAGUGGAUGAUACUUGAAUUCUCUCAGCUUGGAUUUAUUGGAAAGUUGUUUAGAACUAAAGAUUUACCACUCAUAGUAGAAUUCUUUUUAAUGUUCUACAAAGACAAGCCCAUAGACUGGCUUCUAGACCACUUACUCUGGGUUAAAGUAUGCAGUCCAGAAAAGGAUCCAAAACACUGUGAAGGGCAAAAGGCCUAUGUGCGUAUCCGUUCUAAGCCAUCUCUCUUUCAGCAUGUGGGAAUUCAUUCAUCUUUGGCUGGGAAAAUACAGAAUUUAAAAGAUAAAGAUUUUGACAAAAACAUGCUACAUAAAGCACAUGUUAACCCCCCUGCAAAAGUGACUACUAGCCUAAGAAUAUUCCAGCAUUAUACUUUGGAAAAGGCUUAUGAAGGAAUGGACUGUUUUUGGGCUUUUUCUCCAGUGGCUGGAGAUUAUAUCUUAUUCACUUUUUUACAGCCAUUGAAAGUAGAUGGUGUGGGGUCUAAACAGGAAGAAGGUGGCUUCUACACAACAUUGCCUUUUUUAGCUGAUGCCCCACUACUCUAGUGCUGCUUAAUUUUUAUUGUGAACCUUAUAUUUGGAGUUCUUCUUAAUGCCUCAGCUGCAGGAUUCAUGUAAAAGUGAGAAUCUCAGGUUUCAUUUAAAACAAAACAAAAACUUAUGAGCCUGAAUGGUUGCAAAGAAACUAUUAUAAGCAUGAAAUCUAAAGAGGCUCCAAGCCCAGAAGGCAAGUGAAAAGAAUCCAAAAAGUAUUUUUUUAAAUCUCAUGAGUUUUUGGGGGGCUUAACUCAUGAUUUUUGAAUGCUUGAAGCUGGCAAUACUGUUACCUAUUGGCCAAUAUUGGAGCUGCUUAGAAACACUUGAUCAAUAGACCUCCAUGAAUAACUGAGGGCUGCCACUGGCAUAUGGGUCCCACAAUAAGAGGUGCUAGUUGGACAUCCUGUCAUCAAGGAAGUUUCAUAAAAAUUAGGAGACAGCCCACUUUUGGUACCUAAAAUGCUGGAUUUUCAAGGAAGUCCACACUCUUACAGCAAGACUUGGGGAUGAUCCUUAUGCAGCUGCCUGCAUGGGUAUUGCAGGCCUCAGGUAGGCUUUGGAAUAAUAUGGGACUAUUGGGGUCUGUGUGUAAGGGCUAGUGAAGCUUGGAAUGAGUUAGAUUGAUUGGGAUUUGAGCACUGAAAGGGAGAAAGAAAGAUUAGUGACAAUUCAGCAUGGUGUUGCUUUCCCCUUUCACUGUUUCCAGAACAGGUUGUCUUUUGGGAUAUAUUGUUUGAAAUUUAAAGGUUUUAAUACAGUUUGGCCAAAUAGCUGCAAAUGUUAACAUCUGUCUCUGGCUUCACUGACAUGCUAUUUGCAAUAAAGAACGUAUAUUUAAAGUUUUACUUCAGAAAUUAUUCUUGAGAACUAUUCACCUAGAAUCUUCUACCGUACAAAAAUAUGCAGAAAUAAUAUAGUUCUCAC